GUAUUGUUGCUUGCUUGCGGUGGAGCAAAUCAUUAACAGUGUCAUAGUGACAAUGGUUGGUGCCUCUCCCUAUUUAUACAUCACCAUUGACAAUCCAAAUAACGCUAAAACCCUAAUUUGUGAAAAUCUCUCUCUUGACUCUCUCUGCCGUCUUUUAUUCGGGGAAAGCCAUGGCCAAAUCCAAAGAAAAAACUAGAACCAAACCCAAAUCCAAGUCUCACCUCCCUCACGCUAAAACCCUACUUGUGCAAUCUCUCUUUCUCUCUGACGACGACGCCAAGACAAAAGUGAAAGCCAAAUCCAAUUACAAAUUCGGAGCCAAACCCAAAUCCAAGUAUCGUGUGAGAUCCGGGCCCGUGGAGAAACCCCGACGAGAAGUCCUCCAUAUCCAGAGACCUAAUCAUGAAAAACAAAAAUGUUUACUAAAAGACGUUGGAGACUCGAAGGCUCAACUCCAGAUCGAGGGAAGAGCUGAACAAGAAGAACGUAAUUUCGGGCGCUGUAGAGUUUGCCGUAAGGAAAAUGAGCACUUCAGUUCUGCCUGCCCAUAUUGGAAUGGUGUCCCACCGGGCGCUAUUGUUGGCGAUGGCUAUGGUGUAGUUUGUGGUCUUUUUACUCGUAGACUCUACAAAAACCCCAACCGUUGUGCCCACCCUGGUGGUUCCUCGAAUGGACGUCUUAUUGUCGCAUAUUGUAACUACUGUAGGAAUAUUGGUCUCCACUAGUCGGAAAAGUGUCCUGAACGUCCCAAGGACAAACCAUAUAAACCUCUACGUCCCAAGGACAAACCAUAUAAACCUCUAUUCAUCUCAUCCUCUAAGCCGAAGCUGCUGAAGAAAACAUAUUGAACGAUUAAGAAGUGUGUCGAGUCUUGCCCUUUGGUAAUGGUGUUUAAUAAUAAAUGGAAUGCAAUACACAAUGCAUUUGCAGGUCUUCAUUGCCAUUUUUUAGUCGUUGAGUUUUUCUCCAUGUGACUCAUAGUUCUUUUCAGAAUUCUUAAGCUCGUUACUUUGGGUGUACGUUUGUUAAUUACUUUGCUCCUGAACAUUAUUUUUAUAUUUGAUGAGAUUAAG